GCGUUGCUCUUCUAAGGGCGGGGCCAUGCAUAUCCUAGCAACCGCCCGGGAGAAGGCGGGGACCUAAUUUCUACCACGCCUCUUGGUCCUCUUCCUUGGCCUGAAUCAAUGGGGCCGGACUCCGAAUCGCGGGCGUUGCUGCGGGAGCUGAAGCCUGGAGACGUGCCAGAAGGCGCGACCUGGUACACCUUUGCCCCACUUGGGGAGAGCCCCUGUGCUCGAGUGGGCCACAAUUGCUUGUACUUGCCUCCAUUGGACUCAGGCAGUAGUAAAAGCAAAGCUGUCAUUGUAGGGGGAGCAAACCCAAAUGGCAGUUUCUCUGAUGUGUAUUUCAUCGAUCUUGAUGCACACAGUUGGACCUCGCCUCAUUGGGAUGGCCUCUUGCCCCGAUAUGAGCAUUCAGCCUUUAUUCCUGUAAGCCAGCCCACAAAACUCUGGGUGUUUGGAGGGGCCAAUGAAUCAGGGAACAGGAAUUGCUUGCAAGUUUUGGACCUACAAAGUGGAACUUGGGAGAGUCCUGAAGUAACUGGCACUCCACCAUCCCCAAGGACAUACCACACAUCCUCUGCAGCAAUUGGGGACCGGUUGUACGUAUUUGGUGGAGGUGAUAAAGGGGCAUAUCCUGUCCAAGACCAGCAACUUCAUGUAUUUGACGCAGCCACGUUGACAUGGCAGCAGGCAGAGGUACAAGGGAGUCCUCCUGCCCCUCGGCAUGGCCACGCAGUUGUGGCACUUGGAACCAGGCUCUUCAUUCAUGGUGGUUUGGCUGGUGAUACUUUUUACAGUGAUCUGUACUGCAUUGAUACAAGAGAUAUGAAAUGGGAGAUGUUGAUGCCCACCGGAUCUGUCCCAGGAGAGCGGGCAGCUCAUUCAGCAGCUGUUUUUCAGGGUCAUUUGUACAUUUUUGGUGGAAUGGAUCCAACAGGUGCACUGGACUCAAUGUACAAGUAUCACAUAGAAAAAGGUCACUGGACACGUCUAAAGUUCAAGAGUCCUUUGCCCCUGGGGCGCCUGGACCAUUCCAUGUGCAUCAUUCCCUGGGAAGCUCCUUCCAAGGACAAAGAUUGUGGAGCAGCAGCUGGAGAAGAGAUCACUGGCCAGAAAGAAGCCACUGGGAAGGAAAACUGCUCCAAGAAGCACCUGUGUCUUGUAUUUGGGGGAAUGGAUAUGAGGGGGGAGCUCUACAAGGACUGUGUUGUAAGUUUGCUUCAGUAAGAAAAACCAGAUGGUGCGGAAAACAGCACAGCUCUUAGCAAAAGCAAAGGUUGGCCCCUUAACCCCUGGGGAGCCUUUUCACUGACAAUCCAAAACCCAAAAUCUUAUGGCAAACUACUGUGAAUAUGUGCAUUCUUGUAUGUUUCUUGAGGUUCAGGUUUCCAGUUCUUGAAAUGGUUGGGAAAGAACUUAUGCAAAUGAGCUGGUUUAUUUUACUGUAUCUGGUAAUUUAAAUGUGUAUAAAUAGAUAAUGUUCAGAUCUGUA